AUGACAAAAAACAUCUCAGCCCCAUCCAUUCUCCCCGAAGAUCCUGCCCUUUCAUUCUCUAGACUCAACGCCGAUGAACUGGACCGCCGCCGUGGCAGCCACCGCGGUCAAUCCUUCAAGCACCACGCUUCCUCCGCCUUCGUAUCCAUCGGCGCUGCCUGUGGCUUGCAACAAACCUCCGACGAAGAACUCAAGUGGCAGAAGGAAGACAAAUGGCACGUCGUCGCCAAGAUGUGUGAACAGCCCAUUCAUCGCCGGAAAAUCUGCAACUCCUCAGCAUCUGAAGACGACCUGCCAUUUCUGCCGCCGGCUCCGCCGCCUUCUUCGGUUGAGGAAAACUACUGCUGCGGGAAAAGUAAGAACAAGAAGAAGAAGAAAAAUAAGUAUAGUAACAUCCCGAGCAGGCAUCACACGAGCACCUCAUCGGAGGAGAGCGGGUGGUUCAGCAGCGACGGUGGUGCCGCCUCCGCCGCCGCCGCUGCCGGAGAAGAACAUUACAGGGAGGAGACCGGGACCUUGGUGGAGCUGAACAUGCUCAAAACCUGA